AUGGGGCAAAAAGGGGAAGGCAAAAUCAUAAAUGGGGAGAGUGCUGGGAAGGAAGAAGACGGAGACGUGGUGGAACCCAUACAAUUUAUAGAUGUCAACUCCAGGAAUAUUUUCGACCUUGACAUAACACAGCUAGAUAUAAGAAAAGUGAAUAACCAUAUGAAGCUAAGUGACAUAAGCCAGCUGUACUACUACUUGAACAAGAAUUCCUUUUGCUACACAUCGGAGGAGAGACCAUACAUUUCAAACAUGCUACAAUUGAAAUCCUUUUUUUCCUCCAAUGAUGUUGAAAAUUAUGAAAUUCUUGAGCAGCUGAAGCAACAUGAUGAGAGGGAAAAUUCGCGGAUGCGCAAAUUCAACUUCGGCCGGGUUGUGGCGCGCAGUAAACAAGAAGAGAAAGAAAUGAUGGGAGUGUCAGGGGGGAAGAGGGGCUCGCGGAAGGUGGGACCAGCGUGGAAUGAAUGCAGCACGGUUACGAAGGUCGGAGGGGCCCAUGACGACAGUGAGGCUGAUGUGCAGACCGAUGUGGGGGAUGAGUGGGAAGGUGAUCGAGAUGGUGUUAGCGGCCGCUAUAAUGAUGAUGGUGACCCUCCAGGUGGGGAAAGACCAAGGGGGGGGAAUAACCAAACGAACAGGCACCAUAACCCGGGGGAAACUUGCAACACAUCGGUGUCGUUCACAAACUCGUGUCACUCCUCCGAGUCGAUCUCCUCAACCAGUUCCAACUCAUUCUGUUCGUCCAGUUCCUCGUCGUCCGCCUCUUCCUCCUCAUCGUCCUCCCUCUCUGCAUUCUCACCGAACAGAACAGACAAGAGCGGAAAAAAAGGAACCUACAUGAGCAAUUUGAAAAUACUCGAUGUAAUUAAAAAGUACAAUGAAAAUUUAGAAAAAGUGAAAAAAAAAAAAAAAAAAAUUAAAAGUCGAAUUGGAAAGCUAAAGAAAUAUGACACGGUUAGCAUCCAAGGACAUAAUAACAAAAUCGUCAUGUCUCAGAUUUAUAAGUUUGUAAAAAAGAAGAGCAGCGUCAGCAUAAUAGGCCAAUUAAUAUAUAGCAGUAGUGACUGCAAGAAAUUUUUAUACAACGAUGUUGAUUGCUAUGUGAACAGGUGGACUGUGGUUCCCUACUUGGGGUACCUCAACGACAUUAGCGAACAGGAGGUGCUUCACAGGAUCCAGGUUUAUAAUUUUUACGAGUUCAUUUACCUGUUUGAGGAGUUUCCCUUAUGCUGUCAGCAUAAUAAGAGGUUGAGCGAGGCCCAGCUCGGGGCAAGAGGCAGCCUCGCGGAGGGGGAAGGAAAUGACAGCGGUCCCUGCGAGUACGACGGCGAAAUCGUGUUCAACGCAGUGGAGCGAGACAACAAGAACCGGAGCGACCAGGGUAGAAGAAACAGCGGCAGCAGCAGAAGUAGCGGCAACAGCAGGAGUAGCGGUAGCGACGGCUGCAGCUUCAGACUAUUUUACUACGACCGCUUCUUGUGCAAGAACGCGCAGAUGGUCCCUCAGUUAGCCAAUAAUUGCAUAAGCAUAAACAGGAGCAGUGGAGAAAAUGUGAAUUCUUACUCAAGUUCAAACAUGCACAGCACACCAAUGAGAGACACCUACAAUGUGUUUUGUGACCCAAACAAUAAUUACGUGUGCACAAAUAAAAAUUUUGAGUACCUGUACUUUUUCUGUUUUAACUGCGAUACCUAUUACGAUAUAAAUAUAAUCUUGUGUCACCUUCUAUAUAGCCAUACGAAUGGUUUGAAGAAUUCCGACCCACCUUGGGAUUUGAAGAAAAUGUAUCCCUUCCUGCAAAAUUAUAAAAAAACAUAUGACGUGAGGAUCAAAAGACAAAAAGUAAAGCAAACAGAUAUUUAUUUUAUUUGCCCGAAUUGCAUUCUGAAUAAUGUGUACUAUGUAAUGGAACAUGUCUCCUUUUUUUCUUACUUUUGUGAUCUUGUGAAUUCGCAUAAUCAUAAUUUUUUAAUAUAUAAUGAGUACAUGAAAAAUAUGUUUAAUGUGGAGCUUGCGUUUUUUUCCUUGUAUAAUGUGCCCAUGGAAAAGGCGCUGGUAAAUGUUCAGAAAAAAAAAAUACCAAUUGUUGAUAAGGGUAAAAAUUUACCUGCACGCAAGGGGAGCAAGAAAAAAAAAAAAAACCUUGUGUGUGCAAACGGGAAACGGAAGAGCAACAAAAGCGGGUCACUGCUCGACACGCCGCAUGGGGGAAAGCAUGAAAUGAGCAACACCACCGGCAGUUGCAAUGACGCAGGUAGUUACAAUACCGUCGGCAGCAGCACUACCAUUGUUAGUGAAAGCUGCGCAGUUGGGGCGCAGGCACUGGUGACCCCCGAGCCCCACGCACCACCCACGCGGGACUGUCACAGCGAAGUGGCCGAACGCGGGACUCAAGAGGGGCACAAGAGUUCAUGCGCGGCCAUUGGUAGCGAGGAGAACUGGCAACUCGGCGGAGGAGCAGGUAAAAUGGAAGGAAGCCGUGUGAAAGGCGAGAUGUCCCCUUCGCAGGGCCAACGCGACGACGCAGCAUGUUUGGAUGGGCAGCAGGAACCUCUCCAUGAUAACCCCCAAAAGGAAGAAGCAGUGAAGGGAGAGCCCUGUGCGCCGGGGCAGGAGACCUUCAAGGAAGAAGAAACCCGAAGCACCAAAAGACGCAGCGACAGAAAGAGAAAGAAAAAAAAGGAAGACGAGGAUGAGCUGUUCGAUGAGGGGUGUGUGUCAAAUGAAAGAGAAGAAGAGGAUAAUACCUUUGAAGAUUACCUGGAUGGACACACGGAUGAAGAUAUUGUGGAGGAAAAUCAAAUUCUUAUUGAAGAGGUGUACAGCGGGGACUCUGAUUUUGGUAACGAGGAGUUGGCUUGCGGGCGAAAGAGAAGGAAGAAGAGGGCCAAGAAAGUGAAGCCAGCCAAGAAGGAGAGUAGUGUUAAGGGGAAGAAAAACGCCACAAGGGAGAAAGGAGGAACCACUGCAACAGGGGGUGUGCAUAGGGCAGGGAGCGUCCCAGGUGCUGCAAACUGUGUGGGCGCAGAAAGGAAGAAGGAAGAAGAGUACAAGAUACACGUGGACGACGUCAACCACGCGUGGAACGAAGACAAUGCAGCGAACAGAAGCAUAAGUAAGUACAAAAAAGUCAUAGAAAAAAUAAAGCAUACCCUGGACAAAGAAAACACAACUAUUGACACAAAGGAACUGAGUGAAAGAAUUGUAAAAGGAGUUAUACAAAAGUUCAACGACAGAAUGGAAGUAAAGAUGAAAUUAUUUUCCAUCUGUUCUAACCUCAUGCGUAAGGACAACUCUGAAUUAAGAAAAAAAAUUCUGAAUGGCAUAAUACAUGCCACAGACCUAGCUCAAAUGGACUCAUCUGACUUGGCUCCCAUGAGUUUAAAGAACAAGAGAAAGGAACACGAAAGGAAGUACUUCUACGAAAACAUUUACCUCCGUGAGAACAUCCUCGAUUUAAAAAAUAAUAAGAAUUUGGAAGAGGAGGAGGAAGUUUUUCAGCACCACCCAAGUGUCAUUUUGCAGCAAAAGGCCCAAGUGAGCAGUUUGCAGGACCAGCAGGAAAAUAAUCACCAAGGGAGAAAUAUAGUGGUAUGCGAAGAUGGAGGAGUGAUGAAUCAUGAAGAGAGUGGAGUGAGUCACGAGGGUAGUGGUGUGAAUGAUGAAGGGCUCAUUAAUUCUUGUGAUGGAAAAAACAAAUCUUCCUCCAAUCAGAGCGAUGAGUUGGAUCCUUUAAAAUAUGGGGACAGCAGUAGAGAGGAGAAAAAUGUAAUCCCCUGCAGCAAUAGUCUUGCAAAUUUGAGCGAUUACAAACAAAAGAGAAAAGGAUCAUUCGUGAAUGAAGACGUGGAGAGGAACCUGUGUGAUGGUAUACCUCUCAUGGAGAAGUACUCCUUUGAAUUGACCUACCAGAAUUUGAAGAGCAUGUAUGAGCAGAUGCCUAAGUAUGCCUCCUCCCCCAUCCUGACCUUCCUGGACAACUCGUACAACCGAAUCGUGGCCAUCAUGGACGCGAGCAAGAAUGAGUAG